AUGUAAACCUAUCAUCUAUAUUCAAUAUUGACUGAUAGUGCCUAAGAUUAUUUAAUAGAUAAAAUAGUUUUUAACUAUGAAGAAUUCCAAAAACUAUAAAAACAAUUAAAUUAAUCCACAUUUGUUCAAGUUUCUGGUUUGUUUGGAAGCUAUAACGAGAUAGAAAAGUAAUUAUUUGAUGAAAUUCACAUAAAAAUAGACAAUUUAAAACUUCUGAAAGAUUCUAAAAAAGGAAAUUUAAUUGGAGUUCGAUUUUAAAACAAAAUAAUAUUUUGCUUAAUUCUUUAGUUAGAAUUUUUUUAAAGCAAACCUAUCAAAGAAAAGGCAAUUGAGUUAACUCUAUUUAGAAUUCUUUAAGAUUUAACUGACAAUAUUAAAAUUUGUCUUGAUGAUGAGAUUUAUAAUCUAUGGUACAUUGGAGAUGAGACACCGUUCAGCCCAUUUAUUGUCUAGCGUUAAUAAUACACCUAUGUUGAGUAAGGAGAUUAAGAAAUUUAAGAAUAUAAAUUUCCUCAAAAUAAUAUUAUUCAUGGUAUGACAUAAUAUGAAUUCUUACACUCUUAAAAUUAAUCCCCAUUUUUUACAAUAAUUCAAGAACUAAAAUUUAAUUAAUAAGAUUUCUAGCAAAAUUAUAAAGACUUUCUAUAAAGCAUAUUACAAUAAAAUUUUCAAAAAGAAAAAAAUUCCUUUUUGCAAUUUUAAAUUAUUAAAAAAUAAUAUCAAUCAAACAAGCUUAGCAAGUUUUUAUAAACUUUGUCAGAUAAAAUUAAAACUUUUUUCUUAAAUGAUAAGAAGUAUCAAUCUACAAAUGAAUUACAACUUGAGUAAAUAUAGAGUAAAAUGGAUAAGGACUAUAAAACGUAAUUUGAUUAAAUUUCUAAUGAUUUAAAAAAAACUACCAAAUAUUCAAUAAAUAAAUUAAAUUGUAAGAUAAGAAGAUCAGAGGAGAAGAGGAUUGAUAAUAUUCGGUAUUAAAUUGAGUAGAACUAAUAAGUUAUUCUUGGUUUAGAUCUCUAAAAUAUUAAGAUAAAAGAACUAUUUUAGACUAAAGAUAAGGCAGAAAUCUUAUUAAUUGAAUCAAAAUCCUUUUAUUCAAUAUAUUUUAGAUAAUAAAAUAGUGAAUAGUUUCAACAAGUUUAAAAUUAUGAAUUAAAAAAGACAAAGAACAUUGUUUGUUUUUUUAAAAUAAGUCAUAGUCAAUUAUAUUUUUUUAAUUUUAAUGAUAAAAACAUUUUAAGAAUUUUAGUAUCGCCAUAUGGAAAGAUUGAAGAAUAAAUUAAUAGUUGUGAAUAAUGUGUAAAGGAGAAAGAUGAGUAUGUAGAUAUAAAGAUUAAAUAAGUUGCUUAUUUAAGCUAAUAAAAGAAGUUUAUUCUUUUAACCUAAAAACAUGAAGUGUAUUUCUUCCUAGAAGAUUCGAAAUAAAUUAUAUAAGCUAUGUGCUCUUCAAAAAAUAACAUGAAAUAACCGUUAUUACUUCCAUAGAAUUCUGACUCAGAAAUACAAGAGUAAUUACUGUCAUGCCCUAGUGGAAAAUAUUUUUAUUUUUCUAAUGGAGAGUGUUGUUUUAUGUAUGAUAUAAAUGGAUUGGAGGUGAGAAGGAUAAGAAUUAAAGGAAAAAUUAAAAUUUUUGAAGAUAAAAGUGACAUUAUAAUUAUUGAUAAUUUUACCAAAAUAGAAUAAAAUAAUGAUGUCAUUGUAUUAGGAAAUGCAAUUAAAUAAAAAACAAUAAAUAAAUUGGGAGAUGAAGAAAAAUAGAUUGUAGGAAACCCAUCAUUAGAUAUAAUAAAAGGAUCAUGUAUCAAAUUUGGUCCUAAUUCUGUGUUUUUAUCAAAAUCAAAAAAGAAGUAGAUUUCUUUUUAAAUCGAUAAAGAAAGAUUCACUCAGAUAGAAUCCUAUUUCAAUAAAAUAAAUUUAAACAAUAAUAUAAAUUUAGAUAUUUCGAAACUGCAAUUUUCUGAGAUUAGCUAGUAAGAUCUUUAAAGUAUAAUGUUUUCAAGAGUACCUUUAUAAUUGUGUACAACUGAAAAUGGUAUUUUGAUCCCUUUAUUUGAUGGAUUUCGCAAAGAAACCUCGACUGAAUAGAAAGUAUGUGUUUAUGAAAAAUCUAAAUAAUUAAGGCUAGGGUUUAUUGAAGAGUUUUUGAUAAAUCAUCACUCUAAAAUAUUUGUAAUAGGAAUUAUUGGAAAAUAAUCCUCUGGAAAAAGUUAUCUAUUAAAUAGAGUGUUUGGUACAAGAUUUUCAGUUUCAUCUGCAAGGUGUACUGAUGGUAUAUGGGCAAGUAUUGGGUGGAUUGAAGGCUAGAAAUUUUUAAUUUUAGAUUGUGAAGGUCUAUUUAAUUCAGCAAGGACUAAUUAAGAGGAAGUUCAAAUGUUGGCUUUUUUGACUGCGAUCUGUGAUAUAUCUAUUUUAAAUUCAGAUAUUACUUUCAAUCGGUAUAUGAAUGAUUUGUUUAAUAAUUUAACUAAUGCUUCCUCCUAGUUAAAAGGAGAAACCUUAUUUAAAGGAUAAUUACAUAUAGCUUUAAGAGAUGUUAGCUCUACUGAUAACUCUGGGAUUGAUAAUGAAUUAUUAACUAAUCUUUAUAGACUAAAAUCAUAAGACUCUUAAGAUAUUGUGUUUUUAAAGAAAUUAUUUAAUAAUAACUUUACUGUUGAGAAACUAUUCAAUUUUGAACAUUAAUAAUUUAAUGAAUAAAUAAUAAACCUUAGAUAAUACUUUUCAAAAAAAGCUUCGACAUCCAAACGGUGGGAGGACGGGAGAAAAUUAGUCUAGAUGAUGAAAAUAUUAUUAUGUUAAUUAGAACUGUCUGAUCAUGGAAAUGCAAAUUUAAUUGACCUAAAACUUUAAGUUGAAAGAAUAGUAGAGAGUUAAAUCAAGUUAUGGCAUUAAUUCUCGAUUAACUAGCCGUUAAAUUGUAAAUUAGUUUAAUAGGAAUAUGAAUUUCCUUAAAAUGUUGAGGAAAUUAUUUUCUUUAACAGUACUUUACUAAAAAAACUCUAAAAAGAUCUGCAUUUGAACAAUACUAUUUUGAAUCAUAAUGAUAAUUUAAAUUAAAUGGAAAACGAAAUAUAAAAGUUAAUGAUAUAAAGAAAAGAAUACAUUUUAGAAUAAACUAAAUAAGAAUUCUAAAAUUAUCAGUAACCAGAAAUAAUUGAAAUUAAAAGUAAAGAAGAAGGAUUAUUAACCAUUUAUAUCAAUAAUUAAAUUCAAGAAUAUUAAUUCUGUAAAGAAAAAUGCUCUAAUUGUAAUUUAAAAUGCAAUUAAUUCAAGAACCAUAUCAAAGAAUAAGAAAAAUUGAUGACUAUACUUUAAGAAUAAUAAAAUACCUUAGAAAAAGAAAUUGCUGAAACAAGUAUUAAGACAGAUGAUGAAUCACAAUAAAUUCAAUAAAGAUUAGUUGAAAUUUCCGAGGAGCUUUAAGAAUUGGACAUCAAUAUUUCUUAAAAAGAGUAAUUAUAAAGAAAGGAAGAAAUAUAUUGUAAAUUAAUAAAAUAAAAUUAGAAAUUAUAACAAUUUUUAUUUUGUGAUACAAAAAAUAAAUAAGUCAAAUUAGAAAUUUUAGAUAUAAAACAAAUCUAAAAUCAGAAAUUAAGUGUUGAUUUGACAGCUCAAAAUUUUUAAAAGUUAAUCAUUGAGAUUCAAAGCAAUCAAGAAAAGAAAAACUAAUAAUUAAAAGACAAUCUUAUUUUAUUAGAUUAAAUCUAAAAUGAUAUGUAAAUUAAAGAAAAUUUAAUAACAGAGAUAAAAAAUGAAAUAAAAAUGAAAUAGGAUAGUCAUGCAAAAUAAUCAUAAAAAAAGAAUGAACUUGAAAAAAACUUGGCUCAUAUAUAAAAUGAAUUGAAUGUCAUCAGGUAAGAUUAGUAGAAGUUAGAAUAGACCUUAUUAUAAUAGGUAGGUUUAAAAAUAGAGGACAAUUAAUUAAUUGAAUAAUAAAAGUAAAUUGAGGCAAAACUUUUACAUGAAGAAAAAAAAGAAAGUAAUAUAAAAAAAUAAAUUACAAUUUUAGAAUAAAAAAUAAAUGAUUUUUAAUAAUAAAAACUUACACUCUAUUAAGAAACUGAGUUAUUUGAAGAGUAAAAUGAAAUAAGAAAAGAAAAAGACAGGUUACUUAAAGAGAUGAAUGAUUUAUAACAAUAAAUCGAUAAGAUUGAUAAACUUAGAUUUAUAAGACAACUAUCAUCAAGCUUAACACCCAUUUAAAUUGAAGAAAAAUCGAAAUUAGAAAAAGAUUUAGAAUUCACAAACGAUUCAGAUCUUGAUUUGAAAUAAAAGUUUAUAAAAGAUAUUAAAAGUUCAUAUUAAGAAUUAUUAAAAAAAUAAAGAUUUGAAGAUCUAGAAAUUUUAGAAUAAAUAUAUAAUGAAUAAAAAUAAACGACUUCAAGUUAACAUUAAUUAGAAAAGAUUGUUUAUCAAAGCUACAUAACUCAUAAGUAGUAGGAAAAAAAAAAAUUUAUAAAAGAGUUGGAAAGUGAAAAAGAAGAUGCUUUAAAGAAUUCAUACAACAUAAACUAAUUGAAAAUGGUUUAAGAAAAAUUGUCAAUUUAUUAAAAGUUUUAAAAUAAAUAAAAUUAAAUAUAAAAUUUUAUGGAUGAAAUCAAAGAUUAAUUAACUAACAUAAAUGAAUUAAUUAAAUCUAUAGAAUAAUAAAAAGACUAAUUAUAAUCACAACAUUAAUAAUAAAUCGAAUAAAUAGAAUUUGAAAAGAAUAGCAACAACCUUAUAGAAGUUAACAAACAAUUAGAAUAAGCAUUAGAAAAUAUGAAAUAAUAACAACCAAUGCUUUCUAAGUGCCUUAAAAUUCUUUUUAAAAUUGAAGAUUAUUCUGAUUAAAUUGAAAUAUCUAAGACAGAAUUUGAUGAUUUAGUCAAUAUGAAAUAAUUCUAAAUUUGUGAUGAAAGCUUUGAUUAAGAAUACAAAUUAUUAUUAGAUGCAAAAGAAAAAUUAUAAAAUGAAAAAGAAAAAUUGGAUUAAAGAAUUCAGAGAUACUCUAAAUUAGGAGAAGAAAAAUAAUAGUUAGAAAAACUAAAAGAUAAAAUUAAUAGCUUGAAUAAUUUAAAAUGUAAUGUUCAUUCAUGUUAAAGAGAAAGUCAUAUUUGUGAUUAACAAUGCUCAUAAUGUAAUGAUAAAUAAUGCAAUUAAAAAGCAGGGCAUGAUGAAAAGUAGGAACAUCUUUGUUCGAAAUAAGAUCAUGUUUGUGAUAAGAACUGCAGUGUUUAAGAUUGUAAAAAUAAAUGCAAUAACAUUCGAAAUCAUAAUGGCAAUCACACCUGUAAUGAAAAACACAUCUGCAAAAAUACUUGUGCAUAUUGUGAAAAACAAUGUUAAUAUGACAGAGCUGAUAUACAUUUAACUCACAUCUGUAUAGAUAAAAAUAAUGGGUGCAAUUAGGGAUGCGAAUUAUGUGAGAAAAAUUGCUCAGAAUAACAUUAACAUUCGAUAAAAAGAGGCUAAUAUUGUGUAGAAACGUGCUUUCGAUUUCAUCAGCAUUAGAGAUAGCCUAAAGGUACUCAUCUCUGCAGUAAUAUUCAUUUUUGUAAGGAAACCUGCUCAAAAUAAGGAAUUUGCAAUGUAGAAUAUGAAUCAGUUUAGGUAAAUUGGAAAAACAACCUCUCUGAAUUUUAGUAUACAAAAUAUAUUCCUAAAAAUGGAGGCAAAAAGAAAUGUAUGCAUCAAAUAGCCAAAGGUAAAUAUAAUCAUGAUGAAGAACAUAUUUGCAUGCGUGAUACUGAUGUCUAAUAUCACUAUUGCGAUUAAAAAUGCCCAGAAUGUUAAUCUUUUUGUGAAUUACAAUACGGUCAUUCAGGUUUACAUUACUCAAGUAAGCAUAGAAAUAAAGAUGAUUAAAAAUUUACAUAACAAUAGGGUAAAAAUAAUCAAAUCAAAAUAUUAAGUGAAGAUGGAAAACUAGUAAAAAAUUAUGUUGUUGGAGAUGUUUCAUCACCAGAAACUUGCAGAGAGAGUUGCAAAAGAAGAGGAAGAAGUCAUUUUCAUUUAGUUGAGUGUAAAGGUGGAGAUAACUGUUUAGAAAAAACGCUUCAAAGAUAUGCUAGACAUUCGAAAGAAAAAUAUUAAGGUUUUGAAAAUAAGAAGUUUGACGAAAUCUUAUGCUUUCAAUUUUGGGAAUAAAAAAUGUGGGCUCAUCCUUUACAAAACACAGAUGAUAUCGAUAUUAUAUAAGGUUGUGAUGCCUAUUGUCCAUAAUGUUCAGAAAUUAAAUAGUUCUGUUAAGAAAGAGGAUGGCACACAAAUUCAAGUAGGAUAAGAGAUCAUAAGUUUGAAUGUGCUGUAAACCAUUAAUAAGAUCUAAUUCAUGGAAUUGAUGUUGCUUUUGUGAUCGAUACAACUGGGUCUAUGUCAUAAUAUAUUAAAUCUUGCAUUGAGAUAAUCAAGAAAACUAUGCAAAAAUUUGUAGAAUUUAAAGAGCAUAUUUAAGAAUGUCAAUUCGCUGUUGUUUCAUAUAAGGAUCACGAUGUUCCAUAUAAUAUGAAUCAAUAAGUAGUAUAAGUGCAAGAUUUUGCCUCGGCAGAUGUUGUCAAUUAAUUCUUGGGAUAAUUAAAAGCCGAAGGAGGUGGUGAUUAUGCAGAAGCAUUAUUAGAUGGAUUAGAUGCAUCAAUAAGGUUAGGUUGGAAUGCUAAAAAUGUGAAAGUUUUAUAUUUAAUAGCUGAUGCUCCACCUCACGGAAAUAAUAAUAAACAGAAAAUGUAUCAUAAUUCUAAGGAUGACUAUCCUGAUGGAUGUCCUUGUGGAUUAGAAUAAACGAUAAUUUUGUAAAAAAUUUAGGAUAAAAAUAUUUAAUUAAAGGUUAUAAAAUUAAACUAAAAUCUUGAGAUGAUGAUAUCAAAUUUUAAAGAGGAUUAUUCAAAGCUAAUAGAAUUAACUCCGUUAAAUAUUGAAUAAAAUGAAUUCAAAAAUAUAUUGAUAAAUGAUAUCUGUAAGUAUUUGGAGCACAAUGAAAUAACCUACCAAUAUAAAUACCAAUAAAAAUAUUGA